AUGUUCGCCCCGUACUCAGGGUGGGCGCACAGCAGCCUGCGGCUCUGCCAGCUCCGCGUGUGGGUCCGGGCAGCUGUCGAUCGCUGGACAUUUUUGCCUUUCCAGGGUCGGCGGUAUGGUUCUGGAGGGUGCGAGCGCCGGCCGGGGUUGGAGCCCGAGGUCACUCGGCCUGGCCCCACGCGCCUGACACUGAAGGAGUGGACACUGCGCGUGAGUCCGUUCGGCCGGCUGCGCGCGCGGCUCCCGUGCCACUUGACUGUGAGACCCCUGGAUCCCCUCACAUACCCUGACGCUGACCGCGUGCUCGUGGCGGUGAGCGGCGUGGAGGGCUGUGCUCAGAGCCUCGACAGCCUGCAGGUGAGGUACGAUGAGGUGCGGAAGGAGAUGGCCAUCGAAUCUCACACCAUCGACCCCAAGGCCUCCGUGGAGGUGGACGCGCCCCUCAAGUUCGAUUUAGAUAUCAAGGCAUCAGGAUCUGGUUGUAUAAAAGUAAAAAAAAUUGAGUGUGAUAAUUGCCAAAUUGAAACAGAUCAAGGAUCCAGCAUUUUACAAUCUGUUAAGAGUCAAAACUUACAUGUUCAAACUAAAGGAGGAGAAGUGAUUUGUCUGGGAACAGUUUAUGGAAAUGUAGAUAUUCAUGCAUCAGAUAAGAGUACUGUGACCGUAGAUAAACUGCAAGGAAGUUCUGUGACUAUAAGUACUGAAGAUGGUUUGCUCAAUGCCAAGUAUCUUUAUACAGAAUCAUCAUUUCUGUGUUCUGCUGCGGGGGAUAUCACAUUAGGAAGUGUUCACGGCAACAUCACAUUACACAGCAUGACGGGUAACAUCACAGUAGAUUCAUCCUCUGGUUGUCUACAAGCCUCGACCCAUCAGGGCGCCAUAGACGUCUAUGUUAGCCAGCUGGGAGAAGUGGACUUAACAUCACAUAAAGGCUCUAUUACUGUCAAGGUACCAUCUUCUCUUCAGACUCGUUUACAAUUAUCAGGGAAAGAAGUUGUUGUGAAUUCAGAAGUUCAUGUUGGGGAAAUGGCUGACACCCACAAAGAUGAUAGCAGAACAAUUACUGGCAUCAUGAAUGGAGCAAGCACACUUGACACAUGGAUUAAGGCUAAUGCCCCCAAAGGCACUGUAAGUUUUAGGAGUCAAAGCUGGUUUCAGUCCCUGAAACUGCCGGACUAA